GGCAGCUGCAUCGUUCCGCCCUGCUGAGUUAUUGGGAUUUGUUUUCUGCUUUUCCUGCUUUGUAUUGAAGCUGUGCCUGCAGCACCUCUAUGGCGAGGGAAGCCACAGAGGAUGUUCUCGUCUUCAUCCAGGAACUCUCGGUUUUCGCCCUGGUCAUCAAUGGAGCAGUCAGACUCUGAAUUGCUGGACAUCAGCACCAAAGUGCAGCUGCAUGGCGUGCUCUGGAAGAGGCCGUUCGGUCGGCCAUCAGCCAAGUGGUCGCGCAGAUUCUUCAUCAUCAAAGACAGCUUCUUGCUCUACUAUGCAGAAAGUGAGAAGAGAAACUUUGAGACCAACAGGUACUUCAACAUUCACCCCAAGGGAGUCAUUCCUCUGGGAGGAUGUGUGGUGUCAGCAAAUGAAGACUUGGGGAUGCCCUUUGCCAUCAUCAUCAACCUUGAAGAUUUCUCUGGCACCAUAGUGCUGGCUGCUGAGUCUCAGGAGGAGCAGGUCCAGUGGAUGGAGAUGCUCCAUGAGUCAGGGAAAGUCACAUGGAAAAAUGCACAGCUGGGGGAAGCGAUGAUUGAAAGUCUGGAGGCUCAGGGCUUGCAGCUGGCCAAAGAGAAGCAAGAAUACCUGGAUAAACUGAUGGAAGAGACUGAGGAGCUUAGUCAUCAACGAGCUCAGAGAGAGGAGCUGGAGCGUCUGAACCAGAUCCUGGAGGAGGAGAAACAGAAGUUUGAAGAAGUGGUCGUGGAGCUAAAGGCGGAGCAGGAGCAGAUCAAACUCGACCUGGAUGGCACAGCUCAGUCCCUGAAAGGUGUCGAGCGUGAAAAAGAAGAGCUGAGCAGCUUGACGGUCACACUGCAAAAAUCCCUCGAGGAGCUGUCCCAGGAGAAACAGCGAACGCUGCAGCUGCUGGGAGUAAAGGAGCAGGAGGAGAAGGAGGCGGAGGUGGAGAGCUCAGAAAAAAGCUGCAUGGAGUCUGAGGACGGUGACCUGCUGCAGGACCUGCAUCACAUUGAGGAGCAAAUGAAGAUCCUGCUGAAGGAGAAAGAUCAGGCUGAGGAUAAGAUCAGGGAGAAUGAGGAGCUGGCUGUAGUCCUGCAGCAGGAGAGGGAGUACUACUCGUCUCAGGCCCGGACGCUGCAGCAUUCGCUCUCUCAGCUCAGUGUGGACAAGCAGCAGACUGAGGCUGAGCUCAAGGCAGAGAUAGAGUCUCGGAUGGAGCUGGAGAGGAGGCUAAAAGAGGCUGAAGAGGCUCUGCAGAACUUGGAGAAAGGCCUGAACUCACUGGAGCAUAGCAAAGAGAGAGAUGAGAAGAUGAAGGGCGACGUCACGCAGCUGAGGAGGUUCUUUGAGGAGUGUAUCUGUGCAGCAGAAAUUGAGGCAAAGCUCCCAGCCAUAAUGAAGAAUGCAGUAUACCUUCACAAAGCUGCUGCGCGCAGAAUUAAGAGCUGCCGAAUCCAGAGGCGAGCUUCGAAGCGUCACUGGUUGAAACACUCCAAGUCGUUCGCUGUAGCCAACGCUGACGGCAGCAUCGAGGAGCUGAGGGAGACCGCUCGACGCCUGACCUCGGACAGCAGCUUCAGAGAGAGCGUGUACGAGAUCAUGGCUCGCAAGGACGCCACAAACAUAACAGACGUCUGAGAGGAGAUAGAGCGAGGUAAAAGAAGAGAAACGGUCCUUAGCUUCACCUCAGUCUCAGAGUCACCCAGAGAUGCUGUUACCAAACCCAUCAUUAAGAUGCUGUAAAUGAAUGUGCACAGAAAGCUGUGUUAUUUGAAACCAUGACAAAGUUUUAGUUGAUCAGUCAAAAUUUAAAAGAUUAAAUAUAAGACCACUUUUUCUGUUCUCUCAUGGUCUGAUGGGUUUGUUGUCUUUUAGACUCAACAGAUCUAGGAAUGUUAGUGGAGUUAAAUUGGGAACUAAAUUCCUACAGCAGGGAAAACUGAAGAUUAGCCAAAUAAGAGCGACUGUGGAGCCUAAAGCGCCUAGGUGAAAAACAAGACUCCAAAGCAGCUCUUGAGUUUUGCUGUUUAGAGCUGUGGGGAUUUAUUUUAGAGUAGAACUUUAAAUUUUUUCAUUAACAUAAAUUAUGUCUUUUGUUGACCAGAAGGAACUAAUCAUAUAAGCUAAACUAGGAAUGCCACGUUACCUACUCCUUUUUGGGUUUACUGUUAUUUAUUUUUAGCAUAACCUUCAAGAAAGCAUUAGUAAUAACCCUAUUUAAUUAUUGUCUGAAAUUUCUAUUUAAUAGGUGCUGAUUGUAUCAGUUUAUUUACUAUAUAGUGCUGUCAGAAAAGAGUCAUAGUCACUCAUGGUCACUAGUUUCUUUAAACAGUACGUAGAGAAUGUGUGAAUAUCCAUAUUUUCUGAAUUCUUGCAGUGGAAACAUCCUAAUAGCUGCUGAGUUUUAGUUCCUUAUGGUCAACAGUUUCUGGAACCGUUUGACUGAAAAUGACCACGUGAAGCUUUCAGAUCUGAUAAAGCCACAUGUGAGUAUCCUUAAGCUAAACUUAAACCAAUAUAUUAACUAGUUACUUUUCAUGCUUGAAAACUAACAACACAAGAGUUUUUAAAACGAUUUACUGCCAAUCAGUGGUUCCCUGUCUUUGGUUUGUGGCCUCUUAUAGAAAACCUGUUGUUUAAUUUUAGUUGUAGGUCAAAUAGGUAAAUUUUCACAAAUGCACUAUAGCUCUGAAUCUUUCUUCAGUCACUUCCCCUAAGAGGUGGAUGUGAGAACAAAGACAUUUAAUGAACAACAUACAUUAAAAGGUCUUUACCCCGCCAGCUCCUUAGUACAAACUCUGGGUCAUUGCUGAUCAUGGCAGUUUGCACCAAUCUGGGAGCAGCUGUGGGUGAUACUCAGGGGAAUCCACAUGGAGUGUGUUGUUGUCCUGUGUUCUGCUUCUUGCACCCUAUAGUAAGGUAGCAUCCUUGUUAAUCCACACGUGUUCUUCGUCUGUAUGGCACAUGUGAGGGGAAAAAAGGUAGGACAAUGACCUAACCUGAUUUCAACUGAGUCUUAAACCGAGAAAGUUCAAAGCUCAGAAUUAGAAAAAAAAAACAAAAAACGUAGGAACUUGUUUCUUAGACUUUCCACGCCAUUAGUUUUCUCAGGACCUGUCAGAUUGAUUUUUUCCAACCCCUGCAGGGACCUGACCACUAGUUUUGGAACCACCUGUAAUUAAAAAACCUUACCGUAUUAAAAAGGUUUUUUUAAAAUAAAAAGACAAGAAAAAUGAUGCAAAAUAUAAAUUACACUUACUGUUAAUAUUUGAAGUACAUUUUUCUGAUUCUUCUAACAAUGAAUAUCUGUGUUAAAGAUGUAUCUGUGUAACUGCUAGUACUUUUACCAUUUUGUAUUCCUGAAAAAAGCUCUUUACUAAAUGAAGCAGAUGGCACAGACAAUGCAAAUCCAACUUGAAAAAUGUUUGUUUUUAUUUUUCCACUUUUGAUUGUAUGCACAGACCUUCAGUUUAGGGGACUGACGGAAACGAUGAACUGACAGAUGCGUUCGAUAUCAUCCACGACCAUUUCAUUAUUGCUACAUCUGAAAAAAAUCCUUUCUUGAUAAUGCAACUCAAUGUAAUUCAUCAAAGGAAGCAUUUUAUGAUAAUGUACAAAUGUUAAAUAACUCAACACCAGAAGUGAUACAGAAACAAAGCCCACAUGUAAGGGGAAGAUGAGAAGGAAACAUACGGGACUAAACACGACUUGAUGCUAAUAAAGCUGUUUUUGAACCUUGCACACGUUGUUUCACUGAUGCAGGUAAAAGGCGGAAGAUUCUUCUUCUCUGCAGAACAAUAGUUGGCACUGUUAACGGGUACAAACUGAAUAAAAACCUAAAAAAUUAGAUCUGAUAAGACUGUAUUUCCACCAGGAGAGGCUUUUUUUACACUUUGAUAAAGCUCAGUGUGGGAGGAACAGUUUUGUCGGGAGGCUUGUGGGUUACAUCACCAGCUCACGCUCAUCACCAGGACCUGAAACACAAAAAAAAUAAGACGGCGAUGAAUGUGGGUAUCGGCAGUGCAGUUUGGUCUUCAGUAAAACAGAAGUUUAAUGAAGGCUAGUGUUAAAAAUAAGUAUAAGGAAGAAAUCUAAAGCCAGAGUACAAUGAAAGAUUUGGGCAUUUUAGUUCAGACUGCAUUCACUUUGCAGACUUACAUGAGUUCAAAGACACAGCCAUAAAGAACCAUCUUCAGCAACAAGCAACUGGUUGAUUAUUUGUCCUUUUCUGUUGUUAUUGCACUUUAUUUGAAUAUAAUUGAUGAUGAAAUACUAUUUCCUGCUUUAUUUAGGAAGGCUCAUUACUUGUACUAAAACAAGAAUGUCUACCCAAGCAUUGUACUACAAAGUCCAAGUAAUAAAUACCUUUUUAAAAGA